UGGUGGAAGAUCGUGGAACAGGCCCUCUCCUCCUCACUUCUCUGGGCAUUCAAAAACGGGUCGUCGCCUCGCCAGUUGCAUUCAGUUAUUAACGAGAGCUACUCAGCAGCGGCAAUAUCAGCAGCAGCAGCAGCAACAGCAACAGCAGCAACAGCAACUACGACAGCAGCAACAACAACAGCGGCAAAAGUAUCUCAAAGAACUAGAAAGAGAGAGGAGAGAACGAGUAAAAGGGAUAUAGAUAUAUAUAAACACUCGACUCGUUUCGAUUUUCACGAGUUUGAGUCGGAGAGCGGCGAACAGUGAACGAAUUCAGUUUGAGUCGAGACGUUGUCGGUGGCACGUCGCAUCCAAGAGAACGCAGUCAGACCAGAUACAAAGAUACAAUAGCGGCAAUCAAGUGCAAAGCCAAAAGCGUGUUUUCAAGUGAACCCAAGAAUUAAAAAGCAAGAAACCAAUAAACACCAAAUAAACCAAACAAAAAUCAACUAAAAAGACAGUAUAAUGUCUUCCACAUCGGCCUCGCCCAUCAGCAACAUAACAGUGGAUGACGAGCUCAACUUAAGCAGAGAACAAGACUUUGCUGAGGAGGAUUUCAUUGUGAUUAAGGAGGAGCGCGAAACCAGUCUCUCGCCCAUGUUGACGCCCCCGCACACACCCACCGAGGAGCCGCUGCGGAGAGUGCAUCCUGCCAUCAGUGAGGAGGCUGUUGCCACUCAGCUCCACAUGCGGCACAUGGCCCACUACCAGCAGCAACAGCAGCAGCAGCAGCAGCAACAGCAGCACCGACUCUGGUUGCAGAUGCAGCAGCAACAGCACCAGCAACAACAGCAUCAGUAUCCCGUCUACCCGGGAGCCACUGCCGAUCCUGUGGCGGUGCACCAGCAGCUGAUGAACCACUGGAUCCGCAACGCAGCCAUCUACCAGCAACAGCAGCAGCACCACCAUCACGCACACCCGCACCACCCUCAUCAUCCCCACCAUCCGCACCAUGUCCGUCCCUACCCCGCCGGCCUCCACAGCCUGCACGCCGCGGUGGUGGGCCGCCACUUCGGUGCCCUGCCCAAGCUGGGCGGCGCCGGAGGAGUGGGCGGUGGAGCUGGCAGUGCGGCCGGUGGUUCCGGCAGCAGUCGCCCCAAGAAGCAGUUCAUCUGCAAGUACUGCAACCGGCAGUUCACCAAGUCCUACAACCUGCUCAUCCACGAGAGGACCCACACGGACGAGCGCCCCUACUCCUGCGACAUCUGCGGCAAGGCCUUCCGGCGACAGGACCACCUUCGCGAUCACCGCUACAUCCACUCCAAGGACAAGCCCUUCAAGUGCAGCGAUUGCGGCAAGGGCUUCUGCCAGUCGAGGACGCUGGCGGUGCACAAGGUCACCCACCUGGAGGAGGGGCCGCACAAGUGCCCCAUCUGCCAGAGGAGCUUCAACCAGCGUGCCAAUCUGAAGAGCCACCUCCAGAGCCACAGCGAGCAGAGCGCCAAGGAGGUGACCUCCGCCCCCGUGUCCGUCAUCUCCAGUUCCGGACCAAGCCAGGCAUUGAGCUCGCCUCAACCUGAGAACUUGGUCCAGCACCUGCCAGUCCUGGAUCUGUCCUCCUCCUCCUCCACGUCCACCGGCUCGGAGAAGCCCAAGCGAACCCUGGGCUUCACCAUCGAUGAGAUCAUGAGCAGAUAGAGGAGCUACAGAGUCCUGGAAUCCUGGAAACUUGGUUUCCGUUUCAAAAAGACUCAAAGAGCUGGAAAGCCGCCAGGCAUGGGAAGUGCCUGGUGUCGGAAAACACUAAAUCCGAGUCCGGCUCGCAAUCUGGCCAAAGGUGGAACCUGCGCUAAUCCUCGCCAGCAACUCGCAAUCGCAACCCAGUGACACGACGACGAAGAAGAGUCAUCCUCCGUGCAAUCGGUUCUAUAUAAUCCCAGCAUAUAGCAGCCACCAUUGCAUCCAACAAUGCCAAAGCCACAAAACAGAGGGAAAAACUGAAGCAAGAAUGAGAAAUAAUUAUUAAAGUAUUGCUAAGAAAAGAGCCUCCUACAAAAAAACAAUUCCAAAACGCACACAAACAGACACAAUUUUAAACUAUAAAUUAAUAAAAUAUUACAUUAAUUUUAAUUAUAAAAUAUGUAUUGUACCUUAUAGUAGUAGUAGCCCAUUGUCGUGUAAACCAAAUGUUAUGUUACAAUAGUUCAAUAAUCGAUUCAACUAAUCCCAGACAAGCAAACCUCAUACCAUACCAGAUCCAACUUGGUUAUUAAAAGACUGUUUUAACGAUUAUACUAUAACUUAAAUUAUACUUGAAUAAAUCAAUCGAUGGAUUGUGUAAAGUUGAAA